AUGCAACAAGAAGCCACUCAGUCCUUCCUGCCUUACCUUUCCCAACGGUUCCACACGCUAGUCUGGACAUGUCUCGACUCAGAUCUCACAAAAUCUGCCGUGUUCUAUGCUGAACGCUAUUUCGCCAUGAACCAACUGAACCACGACGCUCGACAUCUGUAUGCUACCACGCUUUUGUGUGCCGGGCAAACGCAUUCUGCCAUGUGCCUCAUCGAUAACCCUCCAGAUAUGCGGUGUAGUGGAUGCUUAGAAAUUAAAGCAAAGUGCUGUACAGCACUCGGUCGGUACAGACAGGCGCGUGAAGCACUGGAGGAGAGCCUGCAGGAUACAUCCUACACACCAACGCAAUCUAUGGGCUCCCGGACGGCGCGUGCAUUUCCAGAGGAAGCAGCAUUGCGAUGUAGAUCAGGUACAAUGGCUUUGAAGGGUAAUCUUCCUGAAAAGGCGUCUCUCAGCUUUCGCCAAGCACUAGCUCUCAAUCCAAUGUUAUGGGAAGCAUUCGAAGGCUUGUGUGCUCUUGGGUCUUUCCCUGAAAUCGACGAACUGUUUCCUCCUAAGUCAGUACCUGUGAAGCGGACUGCCCCAGAGGAGCAGGCUCAGCUGAAACCUGCACCAUCAAUACCUACAGCUACUGGAGCUGGAUUCUUUACUCCAGACGUUGGUUCUACCGGUAACUCACAUCGUGGCUGGAAACCAGAACCACAAGCACCACAGCCUUUCCGAAUGGGCCCCCCACCUUUACCUCGUGAUUCACUUGCCGCCAACGACACGUCCAUAUUUCCGGUAGAUAACUCUUUUCUUCAAGUACAAGCUCAUUUGCGGCCAAGUCGCACACAAGCAACAGUGGUUGGUUCGGCACAGGCUACUACAUCUCGUCCUCUUUCUUCAGCUGACGAAGCUGGUCCUGUGCACAAGAAAUUACGAUCAGCUGUUCGAAAGCCCAGCGCUGAAGUAGUCAAGUCCAAGGCAGUUAAGUCCACAGUGGACGAACCCCUGAAAAAGGCACGCGCACGCCCGGCCUUGAAAUUUGCUAACUUCUUCUCAUCAUCCGGUCGUCGUUCUCAGCCCGUCUCAUCUACUAGGACCACUCUUGCUGGAAAAAGCGAGCGACCUGUGAAUUCAGGAGUCCCAAUUCGUCGCAGUACUCGGCUAAUGAGCAAUGCCAAUAUCAAACCAGCCAGCAAGCAUCCACCUCUCAGGGAGCGACGACGAGUUACCACGCGUUCAAGAUUAGCAGAGUCAGAGAAUGACGAAGAGGCACUCACUCACGGAGAGGCCCCCCAGUCCACGUCACCACCUUCAAAUGCAGCACAAUCUCCACGGUCUGAUGUGUCUCCUGCUCCGAGCAACUGGACAGCAGGGCAGGAGCAGGCCGCUCAGGAAGCUUACGACGUAGAAAUGGCGGACCAUUAUGUGUAUGAACUGAUGCGACGCUUUGCCAGUGCGACAAGAGCCUUGUCGAUGUACGACUCGCGGAAGUGUUUAUUGGAACUGGAAAAAUUGCCCCUCAUUCACCAAAAUUCGCCGUGGGUAUUGGCAAUGGUUGGUCGGGCGCACUAUGAGAGACUUGAGUAUGCUUCAGCCGAGCGCGCUUUUAAAGCUGUCCGAUCGCUGGAACCGUUCCGAAUGUGGGAUAUGGAAGUGUACUCAACCCUAUUAUGGCAUCUGCAGCAGAACGUCCAACUCUCGUAUUUGGCACAAGAGUUACUGAGCAUAAAUCCUCAGUCGCCGCAGGCCUGGAUUGCAGUGGGCAAUUUGUUUUCUUUGCAAAAGGAGAGAUCACAAGCCCUGACAUGCUUCCGUCGUGCUGCACAAUUGGACCCUUCGUGUGCCUAUGCGUACACGCUUAGUGGACACGAGUCAAUUGACGAGGAUCUGGAUAAGGCAAUUGGGUUCUUUCAGUCAGCUUUACGCACUGAUCCACGACACUAUAAUGCAUGGUAUGGCCUCGGAACAUGUUAUCUGAGGAUGAGCAAAAUCCGAUUGGCAGAAUACCACUACCGGAAGGCCGUCGAAAUACACCCUAAUAACGCAGUGUUGCUGGGUUGCGUGGGGAUGGCCGUUGAGCGACGCGGAGAUAAGACUGUGGCACUUUCGCUAUUCGACCAAGCGGUACGGUUAUCGCCCGAUAAUGCACUUGUGCGUUAUCGUCGAGCAAAAAUCCUUAUCUCUUUAAAGAGGUACUCGUCUGCGCUGCAAGACCUGGAAUUACUCCGCGACUCGUCACCAGAAGAGUCUAACGUAGUUUUCCAGCUGGCUAAAGUGUACCGACUGAUAGGCGAUGAGGUCAAAUCAGCUCAUUGGCUUGCUGUUGCGCGCGAUAUCUCACCCAAGAGCGUCAACAAGAUAAAGAAGCUGAUAGAGACGGCGAAGGAUGAGGAGGAGGAUGACCCGAUGGAUGAGGGGUGAAGCACGCAGCCGUCGGUGACUUUACUGGAUGCCCUGAUGAUAAUUGAGAUCUUGUAUAUACACCGUUUAUAGCGGGUUGAUAGGAAGACCUGAUAUAGCGCCGAGUGGUGAUAUCUGGCGUGGUGGCGUGCUAAUCUUGUGACAUUGUCGGGUUU